UGUACGCACGUCAAAUACCUUGAUUUAUUUGUGUUUACUCUUUUGUUAUAUUUAUUAAUUUCACCUUUUUAUUUUUUAUUACUUCUUUUAUUGAUAUUAAACAUUUUUUUAAGCCGUAAUAUAGUUUGUAAUCAUCAAAUCAACAAUUAUUAUAAGUUAUAAAUUAGUAAAUAAGUGUAAAAUAACCUCAAGAAAAUGGAAGAUGAUGGUCCUUCUACAUCUCGCAGUAAAAGACAAAGACUCGAUAAAUCUGGUAGAUUUGCUGCACUCAAAAAACUGAAAGAAUUAAAAGGAAGCAAAAAUAAAUAUGAUGUUGGUGAACUGGAAAAUGUUUACGAUGAAGUAGACGAAAAAGAAUAUUUAAAAACAGUUGUACAGCGACAAGAAUCAGAUUGGAUUGUUGAUGAUGGUGGGACUGGAUAUGUUGAGGAUGGUCGUGAAAUUUUUGAUGAUGAUUUAGAUGAAGAAAGUAUUGAAAAAGCUUCAAAACAAAAUUUUGCAGGUCCAAGAAAGAGAAAAAGAGACAGUGAACAAAAAUCUAAAACAUCAAAUCUUAUGUCUAUGUUUCAAAAUGCAUCAACAAAGAAAAAGACUGAAACAACAUCUCUCCAAGAUGACACUCUUCUUGCUGAUAUGUUAGCAGAGUUAGAAAAAAACAAGACAUCAAAGCCUAAAACACCGGUUACCAAUAAAUUCAAAGUCACUUCAAAACCAGUAACACAAUCUCAGAGUAAAGAUGUCUUUUCAAUGGCUGGAGAAUCGAAAAAAGAAGCAACUGAAGAUGAUUUUUUAAUCUUCGAUUCUCCAAUGAAGGUUUCACCGAAAAUUGAAAAAAAGAAAGACCAAACGUCUAGUGUAAGAACUGAGAUAGAAAAGUCAAGUCAAAUUAUUGAAACUCCAGAUAAAUCAAUGGACGUUUCUAACUCAUCAAAAAAUAUUAAACAAGAUACUGAAGAUUACAAUAAAUAUUAUGGUGACUUUGAUGACGAUUUUUCAACAAAUGUAUCGAAAAAUUCUCCAAUAACAACAAACGACUGUAAGACCGAAAAUAUUUCAAUGGGCGAUGAUGACAUAGAUGAAUUUAUCGGAUUAAUAGAUGAAGAAAAUAUUCGUAAACGUCCUAAAAUCGAAGAUGAAAAUUACGAGCAAGUAAUUGCGUCUUUGGAUAAAACAGCUUCAUGGGGAGCAUGGGAUAAUGAUACAAAAUCAUCAAAUACAGCUGACGUUACAUCAGUUUCUGAUAAAGAUCUACAAUCUGCAAUGGUGAAAAAUAAGAAUGGAGACACUGUUUUGCGAUUCUUUUGGUGGGAUGCCAUAGAAAAUCCUUACAAAAAUCCAGGAGUGGUGAAUUUCUUUGGUAAAGUAUAUUUAGAAUCUUCUAAAAGCUAUGUUUCUUGUUGCUUAUCAGUGAGAAACAUUCCAAGACGACUAUACGUUCUCCCAAGUGAAAAUGUCAUUGACAAAGAUGGAAUUGAACGGCCUACAAACAUGCAGGAUGUUUAUUAUGAAUUCAAAGAACUCGCUGAUAAGAAUAAAAUAACUGAAUUCAGGUCAAUUCCUGUUACAAAAUCCUAUGUUUUUGAUCGAGAAGGGACUCCACUCCAAUCAGAGUAUCUAGAAGUUAGGUAUGCACCAACGUUUCCAGUAUUGGAAAAUAAUUAUAAAGGAAAAGCUAUUGAACACAUCUUCGGCACUAGUGUUAAUGCUAUAGAGCUAUUAUUAAUGGAGCGAAAGAUCAAAGGCCCUAGUUGGCUCGACAUUAAGCUUCCUAUGCCUGUUCAAAGUACUUUAAGUUGGUGUAAAUUACAAGCAAAUUGUUUAAAAAUGGAGUACAUUACUGUUUGUGAUGACAGUAAUGAAAAACUAUCUAUUCCUCCCAUGAUUAUCAUGACAGUUGAUGUAAGAACUACUUUAAAUUCAAGAAAUAAUGACACAGAAAUUGUUAUGAUCGGAGUUUUAAUUAAUAAUCAAUAUUAUGUUGAUAAACCUGCUCCAAAAUCAAUGUUUCAUCAACAUGUUUGUUUUGUUACUCAUCCUAAAGACACACCUUGGCCUUUAUAUGCUAGAGAUCAAUUGUUGAAAACAGAUAAAACCAAUGUAGUUAUCUGUGAAACAGAAUCAGAUCUUUUGGAAAAAUUUCUUGAUUUAAUUCAAAAAACUGAUCCUGAUUUAUUAGUAGGGUAUGAUUGUGGUUUCCAAUUUGACAUUGUUUAUCGUCGAUUGAUGGCUUUGAAAAUUAAAAACUGGAGCAGAACUGGAAGACUUAAACAAACUGGUACCUACGGAAGUUCAAGAAUUUCAUUACCUUGGGUAUUUGCUGGUCGUCCAAUUUGUGAUUUGUCAAUAUCAGUGAAAGAGUUGAAUGUAAAAGUACGAAGUUAUGACCUUGAUAGCAUUUGUCAAGCGGUUUUAAAAACGAAAGAAAAUACGAUAAAAGAAAUAAAGCCUGGUGAAUGUUCACAAUUUUACGCUAGUUCAGAUAAAAUUAAAACCUUAGUUAAAGUCACGAUGUCUGAAGCUCUUUAUAUACUUACAUUAAUGUUUGAAUUAAACAUAAUACCACUUGCUCUUCAAAUAACUUGUAUAGCAGGAAAUAUUCUGUCAAGAACACUUUCUGCUGGCCGAGCUGAAAGAAAUGAAUAUUUAUUACUUCAUGCUUUUUCAGAGAAAGAUUUUAUUACACCAGAUAAGCAAUCAAAUAAAAAAGACUCACAAGGUGCCAGGAAAAAGGCUGCAUAUGCUGGAGGAUUAGUUCUUGAACCUAAACGUGGAUUUUACAAUAAAUUAAUUUUACUAAUGGAUUUUAACUCUUUAUAUCCUAGUAUUAUUCAAGAAUUUAAUCUCUGUUUCACAACUAUUCCUGGUGUUUGUUAUAAAGACGCAGAAGAGUUAGACCUUCCAAAGGCAGAUCUAGAUAUAGGAAUUAUUCCUACGGAAAUUCGAAAGCUAGUUGAAAGUCGUCGAGCCGUAAAGAUACUCAUGAAACAACCAAAUUUGAGUCCUGAAGCUAAGAUGCAGUAUAAUAUUAGACAGUUGGCUUUAAAAUUAACUGCUAAUUCAAUGUACGGAUGUCUAGGAGCUUCUCAUUGUCGAUUUUAUGCUAAAGGUCUUGCAGCAAUGGUUACUUCUAAAGGACGAGAAAUACUCAUGCAAGCUAAAUCUCUCGUGGAAAAUUUAAAUUUUGAAGUAAUUUAUGGAGAUACAGAUUCAUUGAUGAUCAAUAGUAAUACUUUAAAUUAUGAACAAGCAUUUGAAAUAGCUAAAUCUAUCAAACAAGAAGUCAAUAAACAAUAUAAAAUGUUGGAAUUAGAUAUAGAUGGUGUCUUCAAAUAUCUUUUACUUCUUCAAAAAAAGAAAUACGCAGCAGUAAUAAUGAACAAACUACCUAACGGAGAAAUUGAGUUAAUAAAAGAGUACAAAGGACUAGAUAUUGUUAGAAGAGAUUGGUGUCAGCUUGCUUGUGAACAAGGAAGAGUAAUCUUGGAUCAAAUUUUUUUAGAUUGUACUGAAGAAGAAAAACUUGUAAAAAUAGCUGAUUUACUUCAAAGUAUUGCUAAAAAAGUUCGUCAGAAUUUACUUCCUCUUCAGUCAUUUAUUAUUACUAAACAGUUAUCGAAAAAUCCUAAUGAGUAUCCAGAUAAGAAGCAGCCACAUGUAACUGUAGCUUUGAGGCUCAAUAAAUCAGGUGGUAGAAUGUGGAAAGCUGGUGACACCAUUUCUUAUAUCAUUUGUAAAGAUGGAACUGAUAAACAUCCAAUAGAACGAGCAUAUCACAUUGAUGAGUUUAAGAAACGUGAAGACUUAGUGAUUGAUUGUAAUUAUUAUUUACUUAAUCAGAUCUUUCCAGUGCUUUACAGAAUUUGUGAACCCAUAGAAACCAUUACGGACAUCUUUCUGACUGAUAACUUGGGUCUUCAAGGUAUUUAUAAACCAAAAGUGGCCGUCUUUACUGAUUAUUCAGCUUUAAAUAAUAAAUCUGAAGAAUUAAAAAAAGAGACUCAUAAUUUCAAAGACUGUGAACCAUUUAAAUUUAAUUGUCCAAGAUGUGGCAGUGUUAAUGAAAUUAAAGAAUUCUUUAAGCAGUUCAAAGAAAGCAAAAAACCAGCUCUGUAUGCUUGUGAAAAUUCUGAAUGUGAUUAUCCACUUUGGAAAAAUAUAAAACCCAUUCAUAACACUUUAUUUUCGUGUCUUAGAUCGUUACUUCAAAAGUAUUAUUGUCAAGAUUAUGUUUGUAUUAAUUUAAAAUGUCAGAAGAAACAGAGAAAAAUCAUGACUUCAGGAUGGCGUCAAUUGCCCUCAUGUUUUCACUGUGGACAUGGUUACCUGAAGAAAUCUUUCACAGACUCACAGUGUUGGAAUCAAAUGGAUUUUUAUAGGCAUAUUUUUGAUGCAAGUCAAUUGACCGAUAAAUCAGAGGCUUAUCCGUCAGAUUUAAUAUCAGCUUAUAAUAUGUUGAAAGCAUUAGCUGAGUCUUUUUUGAAUAGAAAUCGUUUUGCUCUACUUGAUUUUGAACGUCUAUUUUUGACGAUAAAAAUAAAUGAGGUAAGAAAGCAUAAAUAUAAACCAGUUGAGAAGAUUGAUGAAAACUCAAUGUCAACAAAAUUAAAUAUGUCAUUAAAAAAUUUUAAUAAAAAUCAUAUCGUGAUAUGGACAGCUACAGAGAAACAAAAUUUAGAUUAAAAAGGGAGAUAACUAAAAUAUUUAUAAGUUGGCGUUCAAACUGAAUUUAACUAUUAAUCAUUAAUAGUAACAAGAAAGAAAGUUUUUUAAUUAUAUAUAUAUAGAGAGAGAAUUAUUUUUAAAAGAAUAUCUGUAAUUAUUU